CACCCAGCUACGAUGAAUUUGACGCGAGGCAGCAUGGAAGAGAAGCUACAUGCACUGUUAGACAGAUAUGAAGACCUGGCGGCCAUCUUGGUGUCAACGUCGGAGGGCGUACCGUUGCUGAAAGUGGAGCAUGAAGAGAACCCUUCGGACAAGGACGACGGGUCCACGUUCGAAUACGCGGAAACAGUGUUGCCAAGUGUGUUUGCGGCUGCCGCCGAACAAGCUGGCAAGUUGAAAUUUGGAAGCGUGUCAGCCAUCACGUGCUUCUUUGACUCGACGGCAUUGCUUCACAUCAACCACAUGCCACUCGUGAUCACCCUCAUCGCGGCUCAAGGCGCAUCCCUUGGCGCGUUGUUCGACCUGGCGGACGACUUGAAAGAAUGGCUCACGCCUUUGAAGAAGGUGGUUGAAACCACGGAAGCCAACUGAUCGUCCUGAACCAUCCAGGACUGACACUCGACAGCAAAAAUCUACUCUAGAGCAGAAGUAAGUCGACAAACAACAUGACAAAACGGCACAAGCGUGAAAUGCACAGCGCACGUCAACGCAC